GGGCCUGCGCGGCGGGAGGAGGGAGCGCCAUGGCCGAGGCCUGGGCCGGCUUCUCGCAGGAGGAGCUGCGGCGGCUGCGGGGGCAGCGGCCAGAUUUGUACGAGCCUUCAGAGCAGCAGCAGCAGCGGCAGCAGCAGCAGCCUCGCCCCCAGGCUGUCACCAAGACUCGGAAGCAACUGCAACGGGAAAAAGCCCUCCAGCAGCAAUGCCAGAAGCUGGGACUGCAGGGAGGGGCAGCUCCUGUGGCUCCAGAGCAGUUGCUUUCUGCACCACAACCCAAGCCCGGGCCAGCACCUCAUCCUCCUGCUGGGGAUGAAAGGCAAAGUGACAGCUAUGAGCAGCAGGAGGGAGUGACACCGACACCGGGAGAGUCUUGUAACGGCAGGGACAGCGCCCAGCCCCGCCCUGCAAAGCAUAACACCCAAGUGGAGAAAAAGAAAGUGGAAUURCAGGAAAAAGCCCGAUGGGAAAUCCUCCAGCAAGAGCAGCGGCUGAUAGAAGAGAAGAAUAAACGCAAGAAAGCACUCCUGGCCAGAGCUAUUGCUGAGAGAUCCAAAAGAACUCAAGCUGAAACAGUGAAACUGAAGAGGAUUCAGAAGGAGCUGCAGGCUCUGGAUGACAUGGUGUCUGCUGACAUCGGAAUCCUGAGGAACCGCAUCGACCAGGCCAGCCUGGACUACUCCUAUGCCCGGAAGCGCUAUGACAAGGCCGAGUCGGAGUACGUGGCAGCCAAGCUGGACCUGCAGCACAAGACRGAGAUCAAGGAGCACCUGACAGAGCACCUGUGCACCAUCAUCCAGCAGAACGAGCUCCGCAAGGCCAGGAAGCUGGAGGAGUUAAUGCAGCAGCUGGACGUGGAGGCAGAUGAGGAAAACCUGGAGCUCGAGAUUGAAGUGGAGCAGAUGCUGCAGCAGCAGGAGGCAGAAGCAGGGAGACAGYCCAGCCAGUCACACAGCCACACUGGGACAGCCAAGGAGAACCCCGCUCCCAGUGCUGGUGGGCAGGAGAGCCAGCAUGCCAACCAUGCUGCUGCUUCUCCUGCAGCUUCUGAACAGUCUCAAAACCCCAGGACCAAAUCUCUCUCCARCAUGGACAGCCAAACUCAGGCUGUAAAUGUGACUUCAGGAAGCUCCCCAGCUUGUUCUCCUACAUGACUGCUGGAUGCAGAUAAUCCAGUGGUUAUGGGUGAUGUACUCUCUGCAGGCUUGUGGCUGAAUGUUGUAUCUGGGCUUCAGCAGUGCCGUAAUAUGCACUUCAUUUCUCUUUUCCUUUUAUAUUGUUUUCAAAUUUUGAAAUCUCUUUUCUUUCCACAAGACUUAUUUGAGGUUCUCUAUCUGUCAUCAUCAUUCCAGUGUACAUUCAUGUUCUGCUGCCCAGCUCUUAGGGGGCUUUUGUACCUUCCUGAAACAGGACAUUUGGAAGUGAACAGUAGGGUUUGUCCAAAGAUUUUCUGCCAUGGGGUGAUCACAGAUGCCUGUUCUGAGCAGCAUGCAAGAGAUAGAUAUCUGCAGGAGAAAACAUCACGCCUUGGUCUGCUUCAGAACACRUUCUGACAACUGCAAUAGGAUGUUUGUCUUCCUUUGUAUCCAUAAGGGAUUAGUUUCCAACGGUUUCUCAUGCUGUGAAAUCCAAGUGCUUACUUUAAUUGCCUUUGUAGAGGAGAGUCUUUCCUGAUUUAAAGGAAAUUUGCAUAUAGAGGCAAAUUACAAAGCYAGUUGUAAUACCUCAUAUUUAUCACUUUGCCUGUUCUUCCAGGUAAUGCUGAAUCAUGAAGUUGUACAUGGAUAACACUAUGAGCUAUGAAAUUACAGCUGCYAUGGUUUAACAAAAGUGAUGGGUUACAGUUUAAGACAGUGCAGAAUGUAGAAGUAGAAACACACAAAAUAGACUUUGUUACAUUUAAAGCUGUUCCAUUGCAGAGAUUUUCUCUGUUGUAGUUGCCUCAAAGUGCCAAUAAUUAGCCUGGGAUCUUGUAAUAAAUAAUCCCCACAGUAUUCUGGAAAUUAGCCUAUUUUUGUAGAACAUUCAAUGCAUUUCCUUCCCUGAAGARCAGGUUAGCACCCCACAAAAGUUCAGCUGAGUUGUUCCAUUGCUGUUGAAAGGCUUUAAAAAGCUGUCCCAGGUGGAGAAAGUCUCAGGAAUUAAAAGAGAACAUAGGAAAAUCUCCCAUAGACUGAUUGCAGCUGCAAACCGUGGGGACUGCCCUCAGAGUUACCCUCUUUGUAAGAGGGAAGUGGGGGAAUGGUUCCUGCAAUACCUGACCUGAAAGUGUUGGUCUGAGUUUAUGAAUGAGCUGCUGAAUGACGCCACCGAGUCUAUAAAUGGGACACUGAUUGUCUCUAUGGCUUUAACAGUGGAAAAACAUGUCACUACAUUUCAGUCCUAUUCUAUUAAUAAAUCAGUGCAUCUUGUACGCAGUGUGUUUACUUUCGGUUGUGAUAUCUGAGACUAAUACAUGGAUCCAAAACUGUUUUUCCACAGGAGAUGAUAAAUGGGAGAAUCAGAUAUGUCCUCUGGCAACUUUCCACUGUGUGAAAAUAAAACCUGAAAAAAAAGCUGUUCCAAA